AUGGAAUCACAAUCACAAGUGGAGCAGGAGUUACAGCUGACUUCUAUAGUUCUGGAAACAGGAGAUGAUCAGGUGUCAUCUAUAGCUUCAGAAACCAUAGAACAUACUACUAGUACUGCUACUCCUGCGACUACUAAUAAUAUACCAACAGUUAAUGGGAAACAGAGCACUAGCACUCCAACACCAAAUCCUGUAUCUAACCCUGUUGCAUCAGCAAUACCGCCAUCUAAACGAUUCAAAACCGAAUCACCACGAGAAGGUUCAGUAGAUCCAGAAGGGGCUUUUACUGCUACAGAUAGACCUCCAAUUCAUGAGAUUGUGGGAGGAUCUAGUGUUAGACAAUAUUUAAAUAAACAUCUUACGGCUCAUCUAUUAGAGGGAUUGAGACAUAUAGGUAAAGAAAAGCCUGAAGAUCCAUUAAGAGUGUUAGGAGAAUUUUUAAUAGCAAGAGCUGGAGAAUUGGAACAACAACAACAAGAGCAACAGCAAGAGUAAUAACUAUACCGAAAAGGGUUUACAGCAAAAAACAUACACCAAGCUAACUACAAUUGCCACCUCCAACACACCCAUACCACAGUCAUAUAGAAUGUAUUUAAUGUAUAAUUAUAAAUGUAUAUCUACCGUACUAAACCUCUCAGGUAAAACUCACUAGUAAUUCUGGGGCACCACCUAAACCGAGACCGAAAAAUAGGCGAGA